GCCAACCGAUGCUCCUAUACUCGCUCGCCGCUCGCGUUGUGUGGAGGGAGGCUCAAUUUUUGUUUUGCGGCAGCGGAGAGUGUAAUUCGACGCAUCGUAGUCAGAUCAGAGAGAAAGAAGUUAGGGGGAGCAAUGGCGGAUGAGCAAGGCGUUGCUGGGCGGCAGAGGAAGAAACGAAAGUGGGAUCAACCUGCAGAGGAUGUUGUUUCUGCAGCUGUGUCCUUGCCAAUUCCUGGCAUGAUGCAGUUCGGAGGAGCCAACCCUUUGGCUGCUUUUGGGAUGCCUAGCAUGAUGUCCAUGAUGGGUGGUUAUAUGGGAAUGUCCAUGGCACCUAUGAAUUUGUCUGCUGCUUCUAAUCUGACGCCUAGCAGUACAGCAGCGGCUGUCGUACAGAAGAUCAAUCAGGAAUUAGUUGCGAAGGGGCUCAUGUUGCCAAGUAAAGUGCAUGACGAAGUGAUAUCACGAGAAAUUGUCAUUAAUUAUGCAGAUCCUAGCGUGAGGUACAAGCUUACUAAACGACAAACACAGGAGGAAAUUCAAGCCAAAACUGGAGCUGUUGUUAUCACUAGAGGUCGAUUUAGGCCACCAAAUGGUCCACCCGAAUCGGAGAAACCUCUUUACCUUCACAUAUCUGCUGGAGUACAGCUGAAAGACACUGCCGAGCGGAUUAAAGCUGUUGAUGCAGCCGCAGCGUUAGUAGAGGAGAUGAUGAAACAGGGCCCACCCUCUGUAGGAGUACUGCAGAAUGGGUUGGGAGGCCCAGCAUUUACUGCGGUCAUUAACGUUGGAAUUGAGGCAGAUCCAUCAUUCAAUCUCAUUGGUCGAAUUCGAGGGCCAAAUGAUCAGUAUAUUAAGCAUAUUAUGAGUCAGGCAGGAGCUCUUGUUGCUAUUCGUGGGAAAGGCUCUGGAUACUUGGAUCAUACAGGCGCAGAGUCGCAACAACCCCUCCAUCUUUUUAUAUCAAGUGAUAAUUCCAAGGCUUUGGAUGACGCGCGUAAACUUUCAGAGAAUUUAUUGGACACUAUUCGUGGCGAUAGUAGUUCUUUCAGAGCUGCCACACCUCAACCAACGGUCAAUGGAUCUUCAUCACUUUACAAUCACGGUAGAGAUCCGCAUGUGUCCGGCAGUGUGGGGCAUUUUUCUUAUCCGCAAACAAAUAAUGUAUACCCAAUGCAGGUGCAAGCCCAACAUUCAAGUGUACAACCUCAAGCUUCAGAAAUUCUACCAGGUCCUCAGCUAGGAACCUCAAGUGCGCUUUCACAGCCUGCUGCGUCUGACUUUGCUUUGAUGGACCCGUAUGCAAACAUGCGUCCUCCAUCCAAGUAUUACGCGGCAGUCCCUCCCCCCAAGCAACUUCUGGAGGGUGGAACGUUAGACGUUACUACAGAUGGUAACGGCACGCCAAGAAGUGAUUCAGAUGCUAAGUCAGGAGAACAAGGAGCCAAAGAAUCAAUCUCAAUGCCUUGUAAUAUUGAAAGUACUGUGUCAGCUGUGUCAGUACCAUCUUCCUCAGCGCACGUUCCAGGAGUUACUACUUCAGGAGCAUCGGAGUGUCUUUUAAAUUCAAGUUACAGGCCUCCAAAUACUCCUCAGUAUUACCAAGCCCCUGGGGUAGUGCCCUUGCAUUCAAACCCUUCAUACCCUGGCCAUGUUCCUGCCCCAAAUUAUGAGUUAUAUGGCGGAUUUUAUUCUCAGGUGUCUCCUCUCCCACAAGUUACAUCAGUGCUGCAGAGGCCGCCACCUCCUGUAUCUGUGAAGGCAGGUUCUGGGGUUGGUGGGAUUGUUCCACCAGGUACAGACGAUGCAUUGGUUGGUAGUUACUCCGGGCAAAGCAACCGACAGGUGGGGAAGAAUUCCUCUGGCCCUGGACAAAGGGAACGGCGCAAGUUUCAGGAAUUUGUGGUUGCUUCAAAGAGUGCUGCUGCAGAAGCUACUCAGUUGCAGCUGUAUCAAAACAUUGGAAUCGCUGCACACGAUGCGGUGAAUUCUUUCAAAGUAAAUGCAAGUGUUACGAUGCCUCCACCUCCGCCCAAAUUUGCUUCCGCAACUGUUAACAGUACACCGCCUCCAAAAUUAGCUUCACUAACUUCUCAGAAAGACGAUCACGAGCCUGAGCGUGAUGGGCUAAAGCUUGUGGAAUACGGAGAAGAUGAGGAUGAGCCCUCAACACAGACCAAGGAUAGCACAAAGACUGAAAAGUUUUCGUUGUAUUCAACUGGAAAACCAUUUUGGGCCGCUCCUUAGUCUACAUCACCAUGCGAAUAUCAUGGAUUAUGUUUCUCAUGGAUUGUGGUGGCUUAACCUCCCUCUCCUUCGAAGCCUUAUUUAUGUAUGUGAGACAUACAUCUCUUGCAACUUGUGAGUUCUACUCAGUUUUUUUGAAGAAUGGCACUCCAUAGUCUGGUUGUGAUCAUUUCUUCGUCAACCUUUAGAGUGAAUGAUUCAGGCUUAGUACCUGAUGAUGCUGUGUGAGACGCUUAUGAAGAGGGCUCAUCGGUUGUUUGUGAGGUCCUUCGCAUUGAUUAUUUCGAGUUUGAAAGAGGUCGUAACUUGUUUUUGGCCUUCCCUAGGUCUACUGAACUCUUUCCUGCAGCGGUUUUUUAGUUAUCAAAAGUAGUCACCCUGCCUUUUGGCAACUGAGGGUUAGAGUUAGGAUGAUGUUCAGAUUUGUAAUUCACUUUUCUUUUCACUGUACGAAACAACUCAAUUUACACAUGUAAUGUGUUAGUGACUACAUUCUGGCUCUAA